CGGGAGACCCCCGCGCCGCGAACCCCCCGGCAGCCGGCGACGAGAGGUCCGCGGGGACGGUCCACGGGCAGCGUCCCGGCGGCGGUGGAGGGGACGCGGGUGGGAUCCAGGCGGCCGCCGCAUCCCCCGAGCUGCGGGAGUCGCAUCCGGAGAUGCGCCCGGCAGCUGCAGCUCCGGAGGUGAUGAUUUUACCGGGCUGAAAAAUAAAUGGGGGGAAAUAAAAUGCUUCUGAAAGCCGGGGGUUUGAGUUUGACCGGUGCCAGCCGUCUGUCGCCCUUUUCUCCAGGGGGCAGAGAAGCAGGUAUUUCAUGGAGCCUUUGAGCACUAACAUCCCUGCUCUCUGUGUGACCAUCUGAGAGCAAAGGAGCUGGACACAGCCAUGGGGGACUCUCCAGCAGAUAUUGUGGAUGGAGGCACGGACACACAGACUGAACUGGUGGAGAGGGUGGCAGCCAUAGAUGUGUCUGUUGUCCCAGACAGAAGGGACCAAAACGGUGAAGACAACACUGAAGAAAAUGACACAGUCUUUUCUGAUAACAUAAAGGACAUCCAAAGAAAUGGAGUCAGCAGUGAUGUGGGAAUCAAUGAAUUUCUGCCUUCCCAACAGUCAGAAGAUACUCACUUGAGGCAUGUUCCCAAGAGACCUCUAACCAGACCUGGUCUAUCAAGUAGGAAGUUGUCCCUUCAGGAAAGAUCAUCAGGAGGUUAUUUGGCAUCUGGCAACACUCCAGGUUGUGGUCCUUAUUCCACAGGGCCAUCCCCACGUAUAAUCAGGAGACCAACAAUAGAGUCCAAUCGGGUCUCCAUAUCAGACUCUGAGGACUGUGUGCAAUUAAACCAGUACAAGCUGCAGAGUGAAAUAGGCAAGGGCUCCUACGGCGUGGUGAAACUGGCCUACAACGAGAACGAUGACAAGUAUUACGCUAUGAAAGUCCUCUCCAAAAAGAAGCUCUUGAAGCAGUAUGGAUUUCCACGUCGGCCUCCUCCCAGAGGGUCCAAAGCAUCCUCUGGAGAGCAGCCCAAGCCCAUGGCACCCCUGGACAGAGUCUAUCAGGAAAUAGCCAUCCUAAAGAAGCUGGACCACAUCAAUAUUGUUAAGCUGAUAGAGGUCCUUGAUGAUCCUGCAGAGGACAACUUGUACAUGGUGUUUGACCUCAUGAGAAAAGGGCCUGUCAUGGAGGUGCCCAGUGAGCAGCCCUUCAGCGAGGAGCAGGCUCGGCUCUACUUCCGAGACAUCGUCCUGGGCAUCGAGUACUUGCACUACCAGAAGAUCAUCCACAGGGACAUCAAGCCUUCCAACUUGCUCUUAGGAGAUGAUGGCCACGUCAAAAUUGCUGAUUUUGGUGUCAGCAAUCAAUUUGAAGGGAAUGAUGCCCAGCUUUCCAGCACGGCAGGGACACCAGCCUUCAUGGCACCAGAGGCCAUCUCACAGACUGGCAAAAGUUUCAGUGGCAAGGCCCUGGAUGUGUGGGCCAUGGGAAUCACCCUGUACUGCUUUGUUUAUGGGAAGUGCCCUUUUAUAGAUGAAUAUAUUCUGGGUCUUCAUAACAGGAUCAAGACCAAGCCUGUGGAGUUCCCAGAAGAAGCACAGAUAAGUGAGGAGCUGAAGGAUCUGAUACUGCGCAUGCUCGAUAAAAAUCCAGAAACGAGGAUAACAGUCCCUGAAAUAAAGGUGCACCCCUGGCUGAGCCGGGGCGGCGCGGAGCCGCUGCCGCUGGAGGAGGAGCACUGCUCCGUGGUGGAGGUCACCGAGGAGGAGGUCAAGAACUCCGUGAAGACCAUCCCAAGCCUGCCAGCCGUGAUCCUAGUGAAGGCCAUGCUGAGGAAACGCUCCUUUGGGAACCCCUUUGAGGUCCAGACGAGGCGGGAGGAGAGAUCCAUGUCUGCUCCAGGGAACCUGCUGAUAACACAGGGCAGCAGAGAAGCCGCCAGGGACCCGGAGCUGCCCGACGUGUGCGAGGACGAGGCCGCGGCCUGAGGGGCUGAGGCGGGCGGCGCCCUCAGAGCCCUCAGCGCCCUCAGCGCCCUCAGCGGCCUCACCGCCCUCACCGCCCUCAGCGCCCUCAUCUCCCUCACCGCCCUCAGCGCCCAGCACGGCCGCACAGAGCCAGCCGGAGCCCAGCACCCCAGCACGAUGGCAGGCAGCCACACGAGCAGCCACACGAGCCGGCAGGAGGGUGGGAGCAGCUCCAGCAGCCCCGUGAGCCCCCCAGCAGCUCCUCCGUGCGCGCCUCACGCUGCACCCGAGCAACGCGGCCGUGUUCCUCUCAAAGGUCAUCUCCCCCCCAGAGACUUUCUCCUUGUGUUGUUGCAUUCUCUACUUCAAGCAUCAGGGGGAAAAAAAUGAUGGGUUUUAUAUGGGAGGGCAACUUUUAUUUAAUGCACUUGUGUACAUCAGGAGUCCUGCUCCUGGCGUGGAGAUGAAGGCAAAAUGGAUAUCAGCUAAAUGAGGAGGAGAUCCCGCUGUUGGAUGAACAUCGUCCCUCCCUGUGUUUGUGUUUCUCUUUCUUCUCUUUUCCUCCGAUCCCUCAGUUUUGCACAGUGUCAGUCCUGCCCCCAGCCUGGCUUUAGGGCAGAGCUGUAAAGCAGAGGAGUUACAGGAGAUUCCCUGGCUGUGCAGUGAGCCCUGGAAUGUCACAGAGCCCUGGAGCAUGGGGAUAUGCUGCUACACACAACAGCUCAGUGCUCCAGGCACAUCUGCCAGGGCUGGGAAUGCACCCAGCAGCUGCACCCCAUCCUGCACCCAUGGACCAUGUUCCCCAGCUGAAGAGUGGCAGGUUUGGGCUUUGUUUUAUUUCAUUUCCUUCUCUUCAUUUAUCUCUUGUGUACCUGAUGCUUUUAAACUUUAAUUUCGUGAAAAUGACCCAAACUGGGAGAGGUUCCUAGGAUGGAAAAUGUUGGUGGAGGGUUUUUAGAAAGCUACAGAGCACAAGUUCACAACUUGAUCUUUUGAUUUUUUUUUUAAAAAAAGGCUUUAACUUUUAAUUUUAAGACUGUUUUUUAUGCAUGUGCUGUUGCUGCUAUUUUUUCCAUUGAUUGCUUCUAAACUUGGGGUUAGAAGCUUCAUCUCAAUAGUUUGACAACUGGUAAGAGAUUGCACUUAAAAAGGUAAAUACAAAAAAGCAACUACAGCCAUUUUUUUGGCUGUUGACUGUACAGACUGUGUGGAUAAUCAGGAAUGUCACUCUUCCAUUCAGAGAGUAAAACCCAGUGAUAUUCAUCUGUCAAAAUAUAUGUCAUUAUUUUCCCUUGAGCCUUAUGGGGUCUCUGAGCAUGCCCCUGGGAAGCCAGUGGGAUUGGAAUCUUAUUUUAUAGCACUUCAAGAAAGGACAUGAUUAAAUUUGGUUCCUACAUAAUCAUCUUAGUGUCUGUUUUUAGGUCAAUCCUGAGGACUUGGGACUUUGUUCCCUCGUUUUUUGUGCAGGAAGACACAUGUACAAGGGUUGUUGGUAGUGACUGGUGCAUCCUGGUGCUCCUGUUCUGUUUGCUGCAACCUCAUUUGAUGGUUCUGAACAUUUUAUAGCUGGGCUUUGCUGCUGGUGCCUUCUGUCUGUCCCCAGCCUGUCACCUGCCCUCACUCAUCCUCAGCCACCUCAGUGGGAUGCAUCUCACCUGUAAAUACUGGACAAAAUGGAAAAUAACAUUGCAGCUUCUCUAUUGAAUGGAGACCUUUAAUGCUGACAGCUGGUGUUGGAUCCUGUAAAGGUUGCUGCUGUGGAGCUGAGCUCUGCACUGCUGCUUCCAGGUGCUAAAUCCUGCCUGUUUUUUGGUGUCUUCUUCAGCUGUGAGCUCAGCAUCCUCUGAGCACCAGCAGGAUGCUCUGACCCUUCCCCCAGCCUGGGACAUGGGACUUUCUGCUUGGAUCCUGCUGCUUUGUAAUGAAGAUUUAGGUGCCCAGAGGUAGGGAGUGAAAAGUCUGAGAGCACAGGGGAUUCUGCAAAUGGGAAAGAUUGUCCAGGUGGAACUGCUGCCUGUGGAAGGAACAGUCUGUGGAUACAAACUGAUCUGUGCUGUGGUGCCACCUGCUCCUGCUGCAAACCAGGGGCCAAGAUGGGAAAACUAACCUCCAGUUUGUGGAAAAAACUUUCUCCAACUGGUGUCCCCAGGACAGAGGCAGGGAGUGACAUUGGAGCAAAGACACAUCUCAGGAACGUGCCCCACCCCAGGCAGAAAAGGGAGUUCUUGUAAUCCUCAUCACUUCUGAAGUCUAAGCAGUACCUGGGUUGUGCUCAAAGAGCUCUAAGAAUGCAAACAUGGGGUUAGUUACUGUGUUUUUAAUCUGUGGCAAGAAUAAUUUGCUAACCCAGGCAGCUGGAGUUAUUUUAGUGAUGCCCAAGGGAUUGGGAGCUGGUGGGGAAGGCUGCAGGAAAGCUGUUCUCAGCCUCAAUUAAUGCAACCAAACAAAUGAUGAGUUACAAAUGAGCUCCAUAUCCUGUUCCUUUAAUGGUACCUAAAUUCAUCACUUCAGUUUUGGAGAGGAAUGGGUGUUUUUUAUGAUUAUCUCAAAAUCUACUUAGAAAUAUUUGUCCUUUCAGCUACAAGAAAUCCUUCUGGAGCUGUUCCCACAGGUGUAAGAACCAAGCCCUCGAGAUCUGAGCUGAUGUCACACCUUGUUUCUUCAGCAAAUCUGCCAACAGGCUUUCCCUUCUAGCCCGGAGAUCACCCCUAUUGUGUCACAAACAGCAGCCUGAAAACCUGCAUGAAAUGAGAUGAAAAAUGUGCCCUGGCAGCAGGAGAAAUGCUCAGAUAGGCAAAGCCAGGCUCUACUCACUCAGCUGCAAUGAAAUUCUUGCUUCUUUAUGUGCAUGUUAGAGCAGCUCAGGGCAACUGGUUCUGCUCUGAAGAAAGGAAGAGACUGAAGAGAGGGGAUUUAUUUGAGAAUAAACAUCCCAGGCAAAGCAGUGCUUUUAGCUCUUGAGUAAAAUCAUUCUCUUUAGCUGGAUGGGUAAAUAUUUGUCUGCUCCUCUCUGUGAUGGAGGAGAUGGGGUUCAGUGUGGACUCUGCAGAGCAGGUGUGGCACAUUCGUGCUUUGGUGUGUGCUCUGUGUUUUUCCCCUCCAAAUCCUCCUCUCUGCUGUUCAUGGAGCACUGGGAUGCUCUGGCCUGGGUUAGCUGGGCUUGGAGUCACCAGGAGGGCUCCUCUUUCCCCAUCACCAUUGCAUCUGGUCAAGCUUUCCAGACUCUUCCAGGCUGAGGAUGAUUUUCUUGAAAGAAAUUUCUCAUCUGGGGGAACAGCAUAUCUCUUUGAUCUCCAGGAGGUGGAUUUAUCUUGUUCAAUAAAUGGCUCUAGGCCUUUGGUUUUGGGGAGUAGUGCCAAGUAAAAAUCCUGGUCAAGUCUCUUCUGUGCUGCACUGAGGAAUGCCCAGUCCGUGUCUUUAACCCUUUGGGCGGGAAUGUGCUGCUGUCCAUGUCCCAGCUGCAAGCAGAUGAGGUUUCCAGCAUCAGGGAAAGCUGACUCUGUGUAGGGCUCCAACCAGAGGGAGCCUGACAAGGGACAGGGUAGCUGCUCCAUGCAAAACAAACAGUGGCUCCAGAAAACAGCUCCCAGGGUGCAAUUUCAUUCCUGAUUUAUUGCCAGACUUGCAAGGAGGAGCUGCUGGGAGAAAUUUCAUGUUCCCUCAGCACAACUCUGUCCUGAAGCCUUCGGCAGCGCUGCCAUGGGGGAAUUUCUCCAGUUGUGCUGUGUGGCUGGGAGCUCGUUUGCCUUCCCCAGCUCAGUGCUUUCCCUCCCACCUUGCCCAAAACCCCAUGAGCUUUGUCCCACCAGCCCAAGGCUUUGUCCCAGCCCCUGAGAGGCCCAGGCUCCCCAGGGACAGGGAUCUCUGUGAGUUUUCCAAGGCUGGAGGGCUGUGCUGGGGGAUGCCACUGAGAGAGAGCCCAAGCACCUCUGCUGUGCAGCAGGGAGACUGGACAGCAGAGAGUGGAGGGUUUGUGUGGAAAUACAGCUUGGAUGAGGUGCCAAAGGUUGGUAGUGGAGUUUGCUGAGCAGAGCGGUGCAAGGCAUUCCUUUCUAGCCCAGAUCCUUCUACACACGUCCAUGCUCGGCUCGAGUCCCCCCCAGGCUGAAUUAACCUGCAUUAUGCCAUGACCCUGUUGCUGGGAAUGCAGCCUCCCAUGGGAUGAGGGAAGGAAAGCAGCUCAUCACUCACUGCCCUGCUCCUUCCCUUCCUGGAGAAAAGCCAUGUACACUCCGAGCUGCUGCUGGCAGAGCCCAGACCCUCCCUCAGUAUCCACAAGCCAUCCAAGUGCUCCCAAAAAAUGGUGUAAAUUCAAGAAAACAUGAAUUGCAACUCCUGAGGGUACAAUGCAGAUUCUCUGUGCUGUAAUUUUGCUGCUCUUUCUGAUUUCUAGGCCUGUUCUGUUGGUAUUUCUGUCUCUUGUUGCACUUGAAGUUGAACCUCUGCCCCUGUAUGUGCUCUGCUAUGAUUCCAGCAUGAUGUAAAUGCACUCAGUACUGUGACAGCACGUGGCUGUUGCACUGUAAAUAUGUACCAUGAAGAGAGAGGCUAUUUUUUGCAUGCUUUUGUACUGUAAAACUGAUGAGAAAAUGAUAAUAAAUUCCACAGAGAUGA